CCGAGGGAAAAAAGGAGGGAAUCCAGCCUAGGAUCCUCACGCCAGAUACCCACAAAGAAGAGGAGAAAAAGACCAGGGAGUCAGGGAGGCAGUGUCAGGUUUCAAACUCUAGUCAGCCAUUCAGAGCUCCGUGAUGUCAGGGACCCGCCUUGGGCUCCUGGUCUCUGUCCUGUGCUGGGUAGUCAGAGCCUAUCCUAACACCUCCCCGCUGCUGGGCUCCAGCUGGGGUGGCCUGACCCACCUGUACACGGCCACAGCCAGGAACAGCUACCACCUGCAGAUACACAAGGACGGCCAUGUGGAUGGCACACCCCAUCAGACCAUCUACAGUGCCCUGAUGAUCAGAUCGGAGGAUGCCGGCUUUGUGGUGAUAACAGGUGUGAUGAGUCAGAGGUACCUCUGUAUGGACUUCAGAGGCAAUAUCUUUGGAUCGCACCUCUUCAGCCCCGAGAGCUGCAGGUUCCGACAGCGGACGCUGGAAAACGGCUACGACGUGUACCACUCCCCGCAGCACCGCUUCCUCGUCAGCCUGGGCCCGGCCAAGAGGGCCUUCCUGCCGGGCACCAACCCGCCGCCUUACUCCCAGUUCCUGUCGCGGAGGAACGAGAUCCCCCUCGUCCACUUCAACACCCCGCGGCCGCGGCGCCACACCCGCAGCGCCGAGGACGCCGAGCGCGACCCGCUGAACGUGCUGAAGCCCAGGCCCCGCAUGACCCCCGCGCCGGCCUCCUGCUCCCAGGAGCUCCCAAGCGCCGAGGACAGCGGCGUGGUGGCCAGCGACCCUUUAGGGGUGCUCAGGGGCAACAGGGUGAACGCGCACGCCGGGGGGAUGGGCGUGGAGAGGUGCCGCCCCUUCCCCAAGUUCAACUAGGGAGACCAGGAGCGGAAGGCGUGGCCGAGCCGUCCUUGCGAAAGCCGCACGGCCUCCGGCCUCCGGCCUCCGGUGGGACCUGGGCCCUCUGCGGUCCCGGAGCGGGAGGGUGGGGUGAGGUGUGCGGGAGCCUGUUUCUCUCUCCGACCACCAGGAGGGCCCCGGGAAUGCGCCUUUGAGGCCCGAGUGGUGGCGGUUAGCUGCCUUCCCCACCCCACCCACACCACCUUUCUGAACUUAGAAGACCAGAAAGAGAAACUAGAAGUUUCGCCCUCAUUAAGGAGGGAGGGAUUCAUUCAUUCCCACCACCCUGCCCCAACCAGGCUGGGCGGUUUCUCUCCCCUGUGCCUCUCUUCCUCGUCAGUCUAGCAUUAAAAACCAAGCAAUGGCUUCCUGAGCUCACUGCUGCCAAGGUGACGGGAAGAGCGAGUACCAGUUAGCUUCUCCACUGCUCCUUACAUUUAGGUUACCUGCCUGGGCCCUGUUGGCAUUUGAGUUUGCAACGCUGACCUAGGGCACUAACGGAGGAACUGGGCAAACGGCUAACAAUCCUAAUCUCAGGCCUUCGCCCUUCCUUAGAGCAUCUCUGGAAAAGAGCUGUCAAAAAGGUUGGUAGCAGGCUGGUGAAAAUGGAACUAGAAUGCUCGAAGAACUGAGGCAAGAAAUCAGGCUAGGAAAUUCAACCUCCCUACGGGGCAGGGACCCCUUGCCACAUUCUUUCCCCUUCUAUGCAGCCAGAGCCUGGGGGCCCUGCCUGUUCCCAAGCGGUCUGUGAUACAGCCCUAUGGACCCCAUCUUUGGCAUUAGUGAAUGUGGCCUGAGGAAGCGCUUUGGCAUGGGCUCCUGAAAAUCUCCCCUGCUAGGAAAUAAAAAUAAAUAUUUUAAAUGGAAAUAAACUGAAACUCCCCUAAGAGGCAUGCGAUGAAGCCUACUUCCAGGUCGAGUAGUACCGCAUUUGGGAUGACUUACAAAACUGUAGUAACACGAGGGGGCCUUGGGACAACGGGACUGCUCUGGGUUGGGCUUUCUGUGGACUGGCAGGCUGUGUCCUUAUGUCUAAGGGAAGGGGUAUCAAGGGCUCAGGGGGAAAGAAGUCCAGUAAUCAGGGGACUCAUGUGUAGGCAUUCCACAAAGACCAAGCUGCCAGCUCUUCACUAUACUCUCUUCACGGCUCUGCAGCAGUGGCUAGAGUUAGCUAAAACUGCCGGGCUGGCAGGAGUCCACUCGGAGUCUUUGUCCACUUGCAAAUCCUGGGGGCAUUACCUGAAGAUGGUUCUCAGUCCCGGGAAAACCAAACCUCACUUACCAAACAGCCGAGGCGCCAGACAGGUGGCCCUGACGGCUCAGCCUCCCCCUACACGGCCUUACCACCUGCUUCACAAGGGGGCCCCAUGUUCCUACCUCUGUUCCUCUCAACCUACAGAGCAGGAUGCUAACAAGCAGAGGAGAUUUAAACAAGUUUCUUCCCACUUUGUUUUCUUUCCACUGCCAUCAUGCACCCAGCCUUAGAAAUUGAUCCGUUAUUUUACUUAUGAAACAUUGGACCACUGUUUUCACCUGAACUUGAAGGACUAGUGCCCAUUCUGAAACACUAAAACUAUAUAUACUACUAUAUAGCAGUGCAUGGCAAAUAUUUUCUUGAUAGUUUUCAUUUCCUUUCAUUCAUAUUAUACUAUAUAAAAGCUAUUGGAAGCUCCCCAAUACUGACUAGAUGUAAAAUCCCAAAAGGACUUUGGUAGAAAAUUGGUUGUGAUCUUAUAAACCCAAUACCAUUUAUUAGGGGUUUUUCCUUUGGCAGGAGCCAAGGCAGUCCCCAUAAAUUUCUAUGUUCCUUAGCAUGUGGCAAUAUUUAUUUAUUUAUUUGGAAAACUUGCCUAUCGCUCGAUAUUUAUAGAUAUUUAUAAAAGUGUAA